AUGGCAGGCACUUUGACGACCACCAUCUCCUCGCUCCAGGCCGUGCUUGCGCACAUCUGCCGAGCCGUCUGCGGAGCCCGGCGCCUCCCGCCGGAGCAGGUGACGUUGUACACGGUGAUGAUCGGAUGCCGGGGCCGCGUGAACGGCAUCCCGCCGGGGUAUGUCGGGAACGCGCUGGCGUUCGGCAAGGCGGAGGCGACGGCCGGCGAGAUCCAGCAGAGGAGCCUCGGGUGGACGGCGUGGCUGCUCAACCGCGCCGUGGCGUCGUUCGACGAGGCGGCCAUGCGGGAGUGGCUGGAAAGCUGGGUGAGGGAGCCGGAGUUCACAUACAUGUCGAAGCUCCAGUCCACCGUCGGCGUGGCGUUGUUCACUAGGAGUUCGCCGCGGUUCGACGUGUUCGCCUGGCCGUCGCUGCCCCCUGGCCAGCACGCCGCCGCGCGCCCUCGCCACCCGGUGUGA